AGAGCCUGUAUCGCCUGGGGCGUCUUCGCUGUGUCCCUCAAAGCAGCAUUGACGGGUUAGAGGACAUGGAGGUAGGAGAAUCACAAUAUAAACUCUGAUAAAUAAAUGACCAGCAUAACUACUCUGGCUGCUCAUGAGUUGUGUCUCUGUUAUCUAUAGUAUAUAUGAAUGCAGGUCCAGGACUCUUGCCUUAUACCACUAACCCACUUCUCCCUCCUCUCCCCUCACAUCCUCCUCAUCCUUACCUCUUUUCUUCCUCCCUACCCCUCAUUGGUUACUUCUUCCUCCCUACCCUUCUUUGGUCAUUCCUUCCUCUCCUUCGCUCUACAGAAGACCCAGUGUAAGACCCACGUGUUGCUGCUGGUGAUGCAUGGUGGGAACAUCCUGGAUACGGCAGGGGGAGACCCUGGCACCAAGGCUGGAGAUGCCACCACGCUGUCCUCCGUGCUGGAGAAGGUGGCUCGGGCCCACUUCCAGUCCGCCGCAGAACAUGUGAUGAUCAAGCUAGUGGCCUGUCCGGCUGUGUGCGCCGAGGCCUUCUCCCUCGUCUCCAAGUGAGUCAAUCACACGACACGUCAAGGGAGGAAAAAAUCUUGAAAUUCUUACAUUUUUUUAUUUUUCUGAUUAUGAUUUUUGCUUUCUGUAUGGCAUUGAAGAGCAGUUUGUAUUGUCCUUUCAUCCCUUUCAGAUUGCCUCAGCUCUACCUCAUGUUGCUGAGCUGUAUAGCUGAAGCAGAGUGGAGAGUCAUAUCACAAGCAAUAGUAGCCUGUGAUAUGUGGGCUUUAUUUGAUAGCAUUUCUAUUGAGGUGAAUUCACCACCCAGGAGCGAUUUGACAGCGAUUUAGUCUGACAGUCAGAAUGACACUGCACUGUUUAAGCAUGUUUGUCAUUUUUAAAAAGGCAUGGCACAAUACCCAAGUGACCAUUUCCAAUUCACAGAACUCGGUCUCGGGAGUCAAAUGAGUCAACAGCGACGUCGGGCCAGAGAUACCAGGCUGCCAAUUCUGUUGAAGGUUAAAUUGGAAAAUAUAUUGAGCAGGCAGCCUUUAAACAGAUGUUGCGAUGUUAAUUAGCAUGCCACUGACAUUUCCCAGCUUUUCGAGGCAUGUGGAAUAUUAAACACAUAACCUGCUCACUGUUUUUAAUUGAUCUCCCCCCGAAGCCCCCUGAAGCCCCUAGCUCUAUUCAGUGGACAGAGAAAGAAAGAUGAAACAGAAUGCCAGAGUGAUUUGAAAUGACUGGUUUGAAAUGCAUUAGUGUUCCGGUGCUAUUUGGGGGCCAUUGUGGAAAGGAAAAUGAUUUUUGAUGACUCACUAUGAUCUCUUUACCUAAUUAACGGCCGUGUUUAUUAUUGGGCUCCUGUGCCUUUAUCGGGUUGUGGAAUAGAGGGAACUGAAUUGAAGAUGAGACGUAUGAGGAAGCUGUUACCUCAAGAAUAAGCUGCUGCCCGCCUGUCAAUGGUUCCCCAUUCAAUAAAUCAUCUACAGUUACAGUAGUUACUGUAGCUGGCUGCCUUGAAAGCAGAUGAUGAUGGCUGCCUGCAAGUCUUCAACCACACAUGAGCUUUAAAAGACUUUCUCUCUCUUUGGAUCCUCUAGUUCUUCUUUAAAUCAUCUCCGUUAAGUAAUGAAGACCUUGGGGAGGUGACAACCAGAGGACUCUGCAGACUAUCUUCAGUUUUUCCCCCGUUUUGAGGAGGAGCCAGAAGCAGCAUCUCUCUGUUCUGUUCUGUUCGGGUGAUUGGCGACAGUAUGUGCCAGGCUGCUGGCUGUGCAGAGUCUAAUCUUUUCAUGUCGCAUUUAAAGCUGCCAGUCUUUCCGGGGGGAAUCUUGUCAGACAUAUGCACACAUUUUUCAGCUCCCUACAUAUAUUGUCUUUGGUAGAAUGUCACUUUGUUUUGCACAGCUCUUUUCCAUUGAUAUGACAGUGAGAAUGUUUGUGUCUAUAUUUCCACUAAUGAGUAUGUGUGGACUGGGAGCUGGGAGACUGGGUUCUGAGGCUGCGUCCCAAAUGGCACCUUAUUCCCCAGAUAGUGCACAACUUUUGAUCAGUAGGGAAUAGGAUGCCUUUUGGGACGCACCCUGAGUCUUCCAUCCGUCUGUCUGUCUGGUGCGGUGAUUGCCGUUGGUGACUGAAGGCGAGAACUUAAAUAGAUGUGAGGGCUGUAUUGUUGCCUCAGCAGCUAGCUCGACAUCUUCCUGCCUGCCUCCCUGCACGGCACAGCUACGGCCAGGGAUGAAAUAUUGAAAGGAACAACAUCCCAUGGGUCUCCACUGGGUGUGUGUGAGUUAUUGCCACAUUUCUCAAUUGCUGAUCCAUGUACACUCUUUGAAAGAAAAGUGCUAUCUAGAACCUAAAAAAAAACAUACACUCUUAGAUAAAAGGGUUCCAAAAGGGUUCUUCAGCUGUCCCCAUAAGAGAACGCUUUGAAGAACCCUUUUUGGUUCCAGGUAGAGCCCUUUUGGGUUUCAUGUAGAAGCUUUCCACAGGGUUCUACAUGGAACCCAAAAGGUUUCUUCUAACUGGAACCAAAAAUGAUUAUCCUAUGGGGACAGCCGAAGAACCCUUUUGGAACCCUUUUAUCUAAGAGUGUAUGCCUGGGGGGGUCACAGACAAAUACAUGUGUGUGACCGCCUAAACACACCCACACAUAUACAAGUGUGCACUGUGCAUGCCCAUGUACACACACAGACACAGACACAUGCUCAUACACACACACAGGCACAUAUUAAUUGAUGCCACUGCCAUUAAAUGGUGAGUGAACUAAUGACAGUGCAAGACUGGUGGGUGUGUGUGGGCUAAUUUAUUUAGGCAUGCCAGUGUAAACAUCAGCCACAACAACAUCAGAGGAAUACGAUGCAGAGGCGAUGGUGGCAAAAGAGAUUGCUGCUGCGCCGCUAAUUCAAUCUCCUGCUGGGAUUUGCCAGCUCUGUGGGAAAUCUCACUAGGGAGUGGAUGGGCUCUACUCUCUUAGCGCGUCAAAGAGCGGCUCCAGUCCAAACACGCCUCUGUGGAGGUCAGGGUGUGAUUCCCUGUGUGUAGAACAGAAUAAGCUAGCGAGUUUGUGUUGUGUGUUUUUCUCCUGCUAACUGGUGCUGUUCUCUUGGGUUGCAUACCCAAUGGAACCCUAUUCCCUACAUAGUGCCCAUAGCGUUAAAUGUGGUGCACUAUGAGGGAAUAGGGUGCCAUUUGGAACACCACCUUGGUGUCUGUGCGAGGCCCAUGGUGAUCCUGAGUGGCCUUGAGAGCGCAUUAUGUGCUUUUUCUUCUAAUGAAGGGACCAGCCGCCGCUGGCGAGCUGCUAGGUGUCAGGAGGAGAGCUGUAAUGAGAGGCUUGAGUGGGGGAACACACACACCUAACACACACACACCCACACAGAUACACAUGCACACAAACACAGAAGUGCUCUCAUGCACGCACGCACGCACACACACACACACACACACACACAAACACACACACACACACACACACACACACACACACACACACACACACAUACACAUACACACACACACACACACACACACACACACACACACACACACACACACACACACACACACACACACACACAGAAAAGAGGAUGUCAACCAGUCAGUCUGACUCCUCACCAUCGCACAUCCAAUUAACAAGUUACAACAAAUAAAGCGCCUCAAUGUAUUUAUUUUCCUGCGACACAACACAUUUCCUCUGUGACAGUUGAAGAUAUUCAAAACAGUGUCUACAGUUAAACUAAUAAACAACUCAAUCUCAAGUGAUGUCUUAAAAUGGCUUUCCUGAUGGUGUUAGUCUUGUAUUCCUUUAGCUGAGGACAGGGACAGACAGGGAGUUUGGUCUGCCUGGUGUUUGACCUGACAGUGACUUGAGGACAAGGAGAUGGAGACCACUCAUUAUUCUGUCCAUUCACAGCACACACAGUCAGGGAGCAGCAGUUCUCAGUCUACUCCGCACAUCUCUGCCUAAUUAAGCUCACCGUGAGGUGUGCCUCUGCAUCUCCCCCUGCCUCUCCCUCUGCCCCUCCCUCUCUCUCUCCCUCUGUCUCUCCCUCUGUCUCUCCCUCUCCCUCUGUCUCUCCCUCUGUCUCUCCCUCUGUCCCCUCCCUCUGUCUCUCCCUCUGUCUCUCCCUCUGUCUCUCCCUCUGUCUCCCUCUCCCUCUGUCCCUCUUCUCUCCUCUCGUCCUCCCUCUCCUUCUCUCCCUGCUGUCUCUCCCUCUCCCUCUGUCUCUCCCUCUCCCUCUGUCUCUGUCUCUCCCUCUGUCUCUCCCUUUGUCUCUCCCUCCCUCUGUCUCUCCCUCUGUCUCUCCCUCUGUCUCUCCCUCUCCCUCUGUCUCUCCCUCUGCCCCUCCCUCUGUCUCUCCCUCUCCCUCUGUCUCUCCCUCUCCCUCUGUCUCUCCCUCUCCCUCUCCCUCUCCCUCUCCUCUCCCUCUCCCUCUCCCCUCUCCCUCUCCCUCUGUCUCUCCCUCUGUCUCUCCCUCUGUCUCUCCCUCUGCCCCUCCCUCUCUCUCCCUCUGUCUCUCCCUCUGUCUCUCCCUCUCCCUGUGUCUCUCCCUCUGUGUCUCCCUCUGUCUCUCCCUCUCCCUCUGUCUCUCCCUCUGUCUCUCCCUCUCCCUCUCUCUCCCUCUCCCUUUGUCUCCCUUUGUCUCUCCCUCUCCCUCUGUCUCUCCCUCUCCCUCUCCCUCUGUCUCUCCCUCUGUCUCUGUCUCUGUCUCUCCCUCUGUCUCUCUGUCUUCCUCUGUCUCUCCCUCUGUCUCUGUCUCUGUCUCUCCCUCUGUCUCUUCCUCUCCCUCUCCCUCUGUCUCUCCCGCUCCAAGGCUGAAAUAUGGGUGCAGUCAUGGACAGGAUGGGGUCUGUGUGGUAUGAAGACUCCAUCUGUAGAGGAGAAUCAGACACUACAGAAAUGGAUGGGAGAAAGGAUGAUAGACAUUCUGUCCCAAAUGGCACCCUAUUCCCAAUGUAGUGCACUGCUUGGGCCCAUAGAGCUCUGGUCAAAAGUAACGCAAUAUAAAGGGAAUACGGUGCCAUUUGGGAUGGAACCCAAAUCUGAUUCUAACAGUUUUUUGUUUUUAAACAGCAGACAUCAAUGCAUUGAUAAGAGCUUUGUAAAUGGCCUUGAUACAAUUCUCUAAGUUGUAUUAUUGAAGAGGUUCAUUCAUGUACUGUAGGAAUAGGCUGACAGGCUCGCUGUAGGUUGAACACAACUGUAAGCCUGCUUUUGUUAGACAUGUUACACAGAGGCAGAGAGCGAGUAGCCAAGGAGCCCUUGUCUUCUUACAAAUAGGCUCUCUGAAGGUCUGUUCUGCUUUGAUGGUAUACCACAGUAUAUCCUCUGCUUCUACCCCGGCUAGCAUGAACACUCUCCUAAUGAGAACGUGUGUGUGCGUGCGUGCGCAUGACUGUGUGUGUGUAUGAGGUGAUUUGAAGGAGUCAGGCGCAGGAGGAUAAAUCACAGAAUACAGAGUUUAUUCCGGAAUACAGAGUUACGCAGAAUUGCAAUACAAAGUACACGUAGCUCAACCGAGCUACUCUCAUCUCAUAUUCAACAAUCACCCACAAUGACAAGGGGGGCAGAGGGAAUACUUAUACAUGUACUAAUGAGGGGAUAUGAACUAGGUGUGUGUCAUAGACAAGACAAAACAAAUGGAAUGAUGAGAAGAGGAGUGGCAGUGGCUAGAAGGCCGGUGACGACGAACGCCGAAGCCUGCCCGAACAAGGAGAGGGGGCAGCUUCGGAGGAAGUCGUGGCAGUGUGUGACUGUGUGUGUGUGUGUGUGUGUGUGUGUGUGUGUGUGUGAAUGUCUCAUCUCACUCAUAGUGACUUGAAACCCACUGUGCUCUAAUUAGGCUCUGUGGUGUUGAUGUGGCAUACUGAGAAAGAUAGUAGUAGUGUCAGCCUCCUGCGACAGGUAUUGUGUUUACAAUGUUUGAUGUAUUGAUGUUGCUAUGUCAACCUCAUUGGCUUUUUUGCCUCUUUUGCCUCUUUUGCCUCUUUUGAGCAUCUUUAGGGCUGAACAUGUUCCCUUAAUUGAGAAUCUGGAGAGAAUAUGGAGAAUCCAACCUGAUUCCUAUUGCAAUUAAGAUCUUAAUUAAGAAGCCCCUGGUUGAGUAAUCAUUUUACACCUGGAAGAACAUGUUGCUGUCUCUCUACUUCUAAUUAAUUGUAUUGAUUCUCUACAAAACAAACAGCACAUUCUGCAUUCUUCUAAGAAAUUAGAUUCCCAGCCCAACUUUAACUCAACCAACAACAACAUAGCUGUAUAUUCAACAUCCAAUUACAGUAAAACUCAGUAACAAAGCAUUACCUGGACACUAUAUCAGGUGAAGAAUAAACAUCCCACAGCAAUACCAACAGCAGGUGUUUGCAUAAGUAGAUUACUAAUCAUCCAUCUCUAGAAAUAAAUAAAGAACAGGCUGACGAGAGAAGCUGGGUGGGUGGCUUUGUGUUGUCUUGUUGUGUUGUGUCUAGGUGCUCUUUGACCUUGGUCCUGGCCAUGUAACUGCCUGUCCAGGGGUGUUAUGGUAAUGUGUGUGUCCUGGCCAGCAGUGUUAAGGUAAUAUCUGUGUCCUGUGCCAGCAACAGGGGGCUCUACAGGGCUCUGUUAACACGACAGGACACAGCACAGCUAUAGCAGUACAUUACACAGGCCCUUUAGAGUGACUACCGAUGGAUAACCUAUAUACUGUUCAUAUCACCUGUAUACUGUAGGUGUGUUAUUAUAGUGGUGUCACAGUUUCAUGCUCCAUGUUCCCCACCACAGACACAGGGGGAUCUGUUGGAGAGAGAGAGAAGAGAGAGAGAGAGAGAGAGAGAGAGAGAGAGAGAGAGAGAGAGAGAGAGAGAGAGAGAGAGGAGAGAGAGAGAGAUGAGAGAGAGAGAGAGAAAGCUCCUUUUGGUAGUGUGUCCUACAGAGAUACUGCUGGGUAGGGCAUCUCCUCUACAGAUGGAGUCUUCAUACCACACAGACCCCAUCCUGUCCAUGACUGCACCCAUAUUUCAGCCUUGGAGCGGCGUUGGCCAGUUCCUAUAAUCUGAGCUGCUGAUGGAUGGCGAUAUAUACAGCUGUUCAAGGAGUGCUGGCAGGGGCAAGGCUAUCCUUCACUGGUUCCCCACACUGUUGGAUAAUGGGUCUUGGACACUGUGGCGUGGGCACUGUCACUCUCUGUGAUUCACACACACAGAAAAAAGACACACGCGUGCGUUUGCACGAACACAUGCACACACAUCAGAUAAACAGAGUGUAGGGUGCUAUCAGACAGGCGAGGUUGUGCCAGCAGGGGAGAGUCUGCCGGCCUGCACCUGUAGAGAGAGUGGGAGAGAGAGAGAGUGGGAGCGAGAGAGAGUGGGAGAGAGAGAGAAAAAGAAAGAGAGAGAGAGAAUGAGAGAGCGAGAGAACGAGAGAACGAGAGAGAGAUAUGAAUAACCACAGUCUCAUUCAUCAUGUUUAUACAUUCCAGGGUAACAAAUCAUUUUGUUGGCUCUUUUUCCCAAAAUAACCUUGGAUUAUCAGAAGCAGACAAUUACAAUACUUUUUCCAAAUUCCAUUUCCCAUGACAUUUUUGUGCUGUGGAAACGCUUGAUGAAUGAAUGCCUGUUGAUAAAGGGAUUUCCAUUCACCAUAUAGGUACAUUCCAUUCUCCAUGUAAGACACGAAACUAUGGCAACACAAGUCAUUCUUUUGGGAUAAAUAACGUUUUGAAUUGAAUUGAUUGUUGUUCAAGGCACACAAAUGACUCACUUCCUCUUGUGUGUCCCCCUCCUUCCUGUCCCCUCCAGUCUGAACCCGUACAGCUAUGACGAGAGCUGUGUGUCCAGCAGCGUUGACCACCUGCCCCUGGCAGCCCUCCCGCUCCUCGCCAUCGCAGCGCCACACUAUCAGGACGCCGUGGCAACUCUCAUCACCCGCGCCAACCAGGUCUAUCACAGCUUCCUCGCGUCCCAGGACGGACAGGGCUUCACUGGCCAGGUAGGUCCAUCCUCUAAAGUGUCCCCCCCAGACAGGGCCUCACUGGCCAGGUGGGUCCGUCCUCUAAAGUGUGCCCAAUAUAGGGCUUCACUGGCCAGGUGGGUCUGUCCCCCUGAAGUGUCCCCCAAUAUAGGGCUUCACUGGCCAGGUGGGUCCAUCCUCUAAAGUGUCCCCCUGGCUCCCACAAGAUCACACUGACUCACUAGAGAUGAGUCAUACUGUAAGGAACAAGGGAGGAGAAGAAGAGCGAGAGAAAGGAAGAUCUCAUUCUCUCUAAUCUCUCAUGCCAAAUCCAAUAAUGUGCUGCAGUCCAUUUAAUGGAAGCCAAUGAUUUCCAGAGGAAGUGAUGAUUGGGAUAGAGAGGGCUGGGUAAUCCUCUGUGUUCACUGUGGGGACUAGUGUCGCCAGAGGCCUGCAGCUUUAACAUGCCGUCUGCAGACCCCAUUCACUUUCACACACCUGUGGACAAUCCCCUCCCAAACACACCAAGACAGUCGUGAAGAUGGCACGACAAAGCCUAUUCCCCCUCAGGAGACUGAAAAGAUUUGGCAUGGGUCCUCAGAUCCUCAAAAAGUUCUACAGCUGCACCAUCGAGAGCAUCCUGACUAGUUGCAUCACCGCCUGGUAUGGCAACUACUCGGCCUCCGACCGCAAGGCACUACAGAGGAUAGUGCGUACGGCCCAGUACAUCACUGCCAUCCAGGACCUCUAUACCAGGCAAUGUCAGAGGAAGGACCUCAAAAUUGACUCCAGCCACCCUAGUCAUAGACUGUUCUCUCUGCUACCGCACGGCAAGCAGUACCGGAGCGCCAAGUUUAGGUCCAAAAGGCUUCUCAACAGCUUCUACCCCCAAACCAUAAGACUCCUGAACAGCUAAUCAUGGCUACCCAGACUAUUUGCACUGCCCCCCCAUCCCCACCACAUCUUUUUACGCUGCUGCUACUCUGUUAAUUAUUUAUGCACUGUCACUUUAACUCUACCCACAUGUACAUAUUACCUCAACUACCUCAACUACCUCAACUAGCCGAUGCCCCCGCACAUUGACUCUGCACCGGUACCCCCCUGUAUAUAGCCUCCCUACUGUUAUUUUAUUUGACUUCUGCUCUUUUUUUCUCAACACUUUUUUGUUGUUUUAUUUUACUUUUUAAUUAAAAAAUAAAUGCAUUGUUGGUUAAGGGCUGUAAGUAAGCAUGUCACGGUAAUGUCUACACCUGUUGUAUUCGGCGCAUGUGGCAAAUACAAUUUGAUUUGAUUUGAUUUGAUGAGGACCUGUGGUCUAAUUAAGCGCUGUAAUUUUCAAGAGCGCAUUUUUGGCAGAACCAUACAAUGUAUAAACUCUAUUAAAUUGAACGUCCUCUCCUUGCACAACUUUGACAAGAUUUGUGGUCAUAAUGCAAUUCUAAGUCAGGAAGCCAAGUACAAUGGUGGCACGUCAAACCAAUUAAGGAGAAAUGUGUUGUUCCCUCAGGCUGAGUAAGUCCUAAUGAAGUGUGUUAUUGACAUUCAGAUUCCACUGUGGAUCUGAACAGGCACGGGGCCCAAAUCUGCCGGCUGGGCAGGCUUGGCUGCCUACAUUGAUUGAGUGGAGCGAGGUCUUCUAAAACGGUGUGUGUGUAUUGUAUGUGCAUCUGUGUGUGCGUGCAUGUGUGUGUCUGUUCCUGUCCAGGUGUGUGUGAUGGGCGACUGUGUGGGAGGUGUGCUGUGCUUCGACGCCCUGUGUUUCAGCAGCAGCAGUAGUAGCAGCCAGAGGCAGCACAGCAGCCACAGCAGCAGCAGGAACAACAGCACUGAGAGCCUCAAGGUAGGAGCAUGACACAUUACAACUCAAUCAACAAGCUCUCUAACAUGUUCUGUAAAACUGCACUUUUGGAUGCCCCUAAGAGAAUUUUGAAUUGAGGCAUUACAAUUUCAGUUUGUGCUUUCUGUGCUAUUCAACUAUCUCCCCAUGGCGUGUAUCUAGAAUUGUGUUAAGGUCUUCUCUGUUCAGAAAGCUUUCCUCUCAGACAAUCUCUCCUAUUCCAUGCUAUCCCGGCCAAGACCUUGAAAUUACUUGGUGUUCUCUUUCUCCGUCCUGAGCUGGCCUAUCUUUUCCUGUUUGUUUACACCCAGUUAGCACUGCAUGAUCCCCUGGGCUGCUCUCUCUGUCCAAGCCCCUCCUCUCUCCCCUCUCCCCUCUCUGCUCUCUCUCUCUCUCUCUCUCUCUCUCUCUCUCUCUCUCUCUCUCUCUCUCUCUCUGUCUGUUCUCCUAUUUCCUCUCUCUAACCUCAAAUCUACUUUUCCCACUUCUACUCUCCUGUAACCUCAAACAUAAAACAGGAUAAAUGUCUCUCUGUAGUUAGCAGACGUGGGUUGAAAUACUUUUGAUGGUAUUUCAAUUACUUUCAGAGACAUUUAAAAGUAAGUAGUUGAAUAUUAGAAUGUAUUUGGAAAUACACAUGGAAAGUAUUGGUAUGUAUUUGAAAAAUACUCAGAUACACAGACAAGUGUAUUUUCAAAUACCAAUAUUUAAAUACUCCAUGCAUUUAAACCUGGGUCUGUUUGGUCCUAGGGGUAUUUGAAAUAAUGUAUUUAGAAACAAGUAAUUGAACAUACUGUAGUUUGAAAUUAUAGGCUAUUUAUAGGAAAUUAUUUGAAGAUACUUUCAAAUACUUCAAAUAGAAGUAGUUGAUUCGGCCACAUUAUUUGAAAAAUACUCAUACACAGAAAAUAAAUAUUUCAAAUAGAAAUACUCAAAUACACAUGUAUUUAAACCCAGGUCUGGAGCUAGCCAGCUCCCACAUUCUCAUGUGUGCUGAGAGAGAGGGAUUAGCAAUGAGCUGCUCAUUUGUGUACAGUUAUGGUAUUUGAGUGUGAGUGAACCGUGAAGGCUUGUGUCCCGCGCUGUCUUCCUCCCACACAGGAUAACCCUGAGGACAGCCCCUGUCACAGCCCCAGCCUGGGCCUCAGCUCCAGUAAGAGGCUGAGUAAGAGCAACAUUGAUAUCUCGGCCCUGCCCAGCGAUGGACACAGCCAGGGCAGACAGCCCUUCAGCAGGAAACAGAGCGACUCGUAUGAUGGAGACACAUCUACUGGACAACACAGCUUCUUCAGCAGGUACUGUAGACAGAGAACAGCACCCUGAUGGAAGCUAACUCUAACCACAACCCUAACCCAAGCUUCAUGUCCACACCCCUGUUGAACCCUAAACCUAGCCUUAACCACAACCCUAACCCUAUACUGUAGCUUCAUGUCCACACCCUGUUCAACCCUAGGCAUAACCCUAACCCUAGCUUCCAUACCCCGGCUCAACCCUAACUCUAAUUUCAAUUUCUGUUGUCCUCCAAAAGGGGGGGACAAUACCUCCAAGAGCGCAAUUCAUGCACCGUGGUUGGAUUAUGAGGCGGUAGUAACAGUAUACUUUCCCUUUGCUCACCUCAGACACAGUGGGGAUUAUUUUGCCUUUUACCUCUCUUGGCAAGCACUCUGUUGACAUUCCGAUUGAAUGAAGAUAAAGGUUAAAAACUGUAGAUACUCAGACUUAGGGAAAAUCCUGUAAGAGUAUACUCCUACCAUCACAUUCUUGGCAUAUACCACUGUCAUUAGAUUCAUAUCUGAAUACAUGUUUUCUUAUUACAUUUACGUCAUUUAGCAGACGCUCUUAUCCAGAGCGACUUACAAAUUGGUGCAUUCACCCUAUAGCCAGUGGGAUAACCACUUUACAAUUUAUUUAUUAUUAUUUAUUUAUUUUUUUGGGGGGGGGGGGGGGGUAGAAGGAUUACUUUAUCCUAUCCCAGGUAUUCCUUAAAGAGGUGGGGUUUCAAAUGUCUCCGGAAGGUGGUGAGUGACUCCGCUGUCCUGGCGUCGUGAGGGAGCUUGUUCCACCAUUGGGGUGCCAGAGCAGCGAACAGUUUUGACUGGGCUGAGCGGGAACUAUGCUUCCGCAGAGGAAGGGGAGCCAGCAGGCCAGAGGUGGAUGAACGCAAUGCCCUCGUUUGGGUGUAGGGACUGAUCAGAGCCUGAAGGUACGGAGGUGCCGUUCCCCUCACUGCUCCAUAGGCAAGCACCAUGGUCUUGUAACGGAUGCGAGCUUCAACUGGAAGCCAGUGGAGUGUGCGGAGGAGGGGGGUGACGUGAGAGAACUUGGGAAGGUUGAACACCAGACGGGCUGCGGCAUUCUGGAUGAGUUGUAGGGGUUUAAUGGCACAGGCAGGGAGCCCAGCCAACAGCGAGUUGCAGUAAUCCAGACGGGAGAUGACAAGUGCCUGGAUUAGGACCUGUGCCGCUUCCUGUGUAAGGCAGGGUUGUACUCUCCGAAUGUUGUAGAGCAUGAACCUGCAGGAUCGGGUCACCGCCUUGAUGUUAGCGGAGAACGACAGGGUGUUGUCCAGGGUCACGCCAAGGCUCUUCGCACUCUGGGAGGAGGACACAACGGAGUUGUCAACCGUGAUGGCGAGAUCAUGGAACGGGCAGUCCUUCCCCGGGAGGAAGAGCAGCUCCGUCUUGCCAGGGUUCAGCUUGAGGUGGUGAUCCGUCAUCCAUACUGAUAUGUCUGCCAGACAUGCAGAGAUGCGAUUCGCCACCUGGUUAUCAGAAGGGGGAAAGGAGAAGAUUAGUUGUGUAUCGUCAGCGUAGCAAUGAUAGGAGAGGCCAUGUGAGGAUAUGACAGAGCCAAGUGACUUGGUGUAUAGGGAGAAAAGGAGAGGGCCUAGAACUGAGCCCUGGGGGACACCAGUGGUGAGAGCACGUGGUGCGGAGACAGCUUCUCGCCACGCCACUUGGUAGGAGCGACCAGUCAGGUAGGAUGCAAUCCAGGAGUGAGCCGCGCCGGAGAUGCCCAGCUCGGAGAGGGUGGAGAGGAGGAUCUGAUGGUUCACAGUAUCAAAGGCAGCAGACAGGUCUAGAAGGACAAGAGCAGUUCUAUACCCAAUGUUUAUUGCAGACAUUUCUAGUGACAUUUUUUAUGAUGUGUGUAUGAGUGCACGUCUAUCCAUCUAGCUAUGUUCUCUGUGGUGUGAUGAGAUAACCCAGAUGUACUGUAGCUAUCUAGCCCUUAGCCAGGUUGUCAUGGGAUGUUCUCUUUCUAUGUGUGUCACUCUGUCAUCAAUAUUUGCUGCAAAAUGGCCUGUUCUGCCUGCCUGCCUGUCUACCUGCCUGCUUGUCUGCUUGUCUGCCUGCCUGCCUGUCUACCUGCCUGUCUACCUGCCUGCUUGUCUGUCUGCCUGCCUGCCUGUCUACCUGCCUGCUUGUCUGCUUGUCUGCCUGCCUGCCUGCCUGCCUGUCUACCUGCCUGCUUGCCUGUCUGCCUGCCUGCCUGUCUACCUGCCUGCUUGUCUGCCUGCCUGCCUUUCUGUCUGUCUAUCUAUAUGCCUGCCUGCCUGUCUACCUUGCCGGCCUCCCUGCCUGCCUGUCGGCCUGCUGUGGGCUAUAAAUAGCCUAUUUGUGGCAGUGCCAGUGUGCAUACUGUAGGAGACUGACUACUGCAGGUGAAUGUAGCUAUAGCUGGGUGGAUGGGGAGGUCCCAGCUCGCUACCAUGCUACCAAUUAACCAGCACCAAGCAACCUGUGUUCCCAUUCCAAAUCACAUGCUCCAGUGAGGCUCACGUAGUUACAGUCAUAGAAAUAGCAUUUUAUUUAUAUGGCUACAGUAGCCAGAUCCCUGGCAACCUAGGCUACAUCCUAAAUGGCACCCUAUUCCCUAUUCAGUGUAGCCUGUAAUCGCCUGGAUUUGAGAUUCUUCAAAUAGCCACCCUUUGCCAUGAUGACAGCUUUGCACACUCUUGGCAAUGUCUCAACCAGCUUCACCUGGAAUGCUUUUCCAACAGUCUUGAAGAGUUCCCACAUAUGCUGAGCAUUGUUGGCUGCUUUUCCUUCACUCUGCAGUACGACUCAUCCCAAACCAUCUCAAUUUGAGGUCGGGGGAUUGUGGAGGCCAGGUCAUCUGAUGCAGCACUCCAUCACUCUCCUGCUUGGUAAAAUAGCCCUUAUACAGCCUGGAGGUGUGUUGGGUCAUUGUCCUAUUGAAAAACAAAUGAUAGUUCCACUAAGAACGAGGUAGUAGACUUGUUGUUUGGUAUACCCAUCCAUUUUCCUGUUUUUCUACAAGGAUUGCAACAUUUGUAGAUUUGGUUUAUAAAAAAUAAAACACAAAUUCUGUCUACUUCCCUCUUCUCUUUAAUCUCCCUCUUUCAAUCCCUCCCUCUGCACCUCCCUCCCUCCUUCCCCUUCUCCCAGUCUGAUGCAGGAGGGGGUGGACCUGCGUCCCGGCAGCAGCAGUAGUCUGAUUUUGAACCCAGGGAGGUUUGACUUUGAGGUCUCUGAAUGUUUCCUGCUGGGCUGUCCACUGGGCCUGGUGCUGGCCAUGAGACGCACCGUACUGCCUGCUGUCCAGGGUAGGUGUUGUUAGAGAAACACACAGACUUCUCACACACCUCUGUGUCUAGGCAGACCCUGAUGCAACGCCUUCCCCAAAAUGUUUAGCUACCUCGCUGAUGGACCAGAUCGAUCAUCAUACUUCUUUUGCUUGAAUACACCACUAUUUCUACUACAUACAUCAGAUGCAGCUUUUUAGAGCCUUUUUAGACUAGAAAUGCCUAGAAAGUGCCUUCGGAAAGUAUUCAGACCCCUUUACUUUUUCCACAUUUUGAUAAGUUACAGCCUUAUUCUAAAAUGUAAUUUUCCCCCUCAUCAAUCUACACACAAUACCCCAUAAUGACAAAACUGCUAAUUUAUUAAAAAUAAAAAACAGAAAUAUCAUAUUUACAUAAGUAUUCGGACCCUUUACUCAGUACUUUGUUGAAGCAUCUUUAGCAGCGAUUACAGCCUCAAGUCUUCUUGAGUAUGAAGCUACAAGCUUGGCACGCCUGUAUUUGGGGAGUUUCUCCCAUUCUUCUCUGCAGAUCCUCUCAAGCUCUGUCAGCGUUGCUGCACAGCUAUUUUCAGGUCUCUCCAGAGACGUUCGAUCGGGUUCAAGUCAAGGCUCUGGCUGGGCAACUCAAGGACAUUCAGAGACUUGUCCCGAAGCCACUCCUGCGUUGUCUUGGCUGUGUGCUUAGGGUCAUUGUCCUGUUGGAAGGUGAACCUUUGCCCCAGUCUGAGGUCCUCAGCACUCUGGAGCAGGUUUUCAUCAAGGAUCUCUGUACUUUGCUCCGUUCAUCUUUCCCUCGAUCCUGACUAGUCUCCCAGUCCCUGCUGCUGAAAAACAUCCCCACAGCAUGAUGCUGCCACCACCAUGCUUCACCGUAGGGAUGGUGGCAGGUUUAAUCUUGGUUUCAUCAGACCAGAGAAUCUUGUUUCUCAUGGUCUGAGAGUCUUUAGGUGCCUUUUGGCAAACUCCAAGCGGGCUGUCAUGUGCCUUUUACUGAGGAGUGGCUUCCGUCUGGCCACUCUACCAUAAAGGCCUGAUUGGUGGAGUGCUGCAGAGGUGGUUGUCCUUCUGGAAAGUUCUCCCAUCUCCACAGAGGAACUCUAGAGCUCUGUCAGAGUGACCAUCGGGUUCUUGGUCACCUCCCUGACCAAGGCCCUUCUCCCCCGAUUGCUCAGUUUGGCCGGGUGGUCAGCUCUAGGAAGAGUCUUGGUGGUUCCAAACUUCUUGUGUUCUUGGGGACCUUCAAUGCCUUUCCAAAUCACGUCCAAUCAAUUGACUUUACCACAGGUGGACUCCAAUCAAGUUGUAGAAACAUCUCGAGGAUGAUCAAUGGAAACAGGAUGCACCUGAGCUCAAUUUCGAGCCUCAUAACAAAGGGUCUGAAUACUUAUUUUUCACAGUUUUUUUAUAGUUUUUGCUUGGUCAUUAUGCGGUAUUGUGUGUAGAUUGCUGAGGAUGUUUAUUUAUUUAAUCCAUUUUAGAAUAAGGCUAUAACGUAACAAAAUGUGGAAAUAGUCAAGAGGUCUGAAUAGUUUCCGAAGGCACUGUAUGUAGAGGGCUGCCUUUCCCACACAUCACAUUACACAUUUGCACACACAAGCCUUACAAUGUAUAAGUUCACAGACUAAGCACUCCCUAAUCCCUGUGUCCCUCAGUGAGCCAACUCCGUCCUGCCUGCACCCAGAUCUUCAACCUGUUCUACCCGUCGGACCCCUCUGCCUCCAGACUAGAGCCCCUGCUGGAGCCCCUCUUCCACAAGCUGCCCCCCUUGCCCAUGCCGCGCUACCAGCGCUACCCCUUGGGGGACGGACGCUGCACACUCAUAGGUGAGUCAGUGGGAAAGUGU